CCAAUUCUCCUCACACCGCAACAUUACAUCUGCCUACCUGCAUCUACCAUCCUCGCUCUCUAUCACAAUGAAGUCCAUCGCAGCCGCCGCCACUCUCCUCAGUCUCCUCCACGGAGCCACCGCCUCCAUCACCUGGGGCACCAUGUGCACCGGCACCGAGUUCACGGGCACCUGCACAAACUACCAGAGCACCAACGUGAACCAAUGCAUCUCCUUCGCCGGCAAGGACGCGAGCUGGAAUGAUAAAGUCCAGUCCGUCAGCGUGUGGGACGGCAAUGUCUGCACCUUCUGGAUCGAUGUUGGCUGCAGUGGCUCCAGCAGCGGAGCGCUGGAGGGGGCGUUUGCCACCAUUGGGCAGCCUAAGCAGUGGAGUUCGUUCGCCUGCAACUAUGCCUAGGCGUGGUUUGUCGAGUCUGCAGGCCUGCUGUGCUUGUGGGUAUAGAAGGAGUGGGGCGCCGAGGUGGGGGGAAGAAGGCUGUUAAGGGACCGCUUAGCG